CACUUGUGGUCUCUGCUGACUCCCGGUCCUUGUCCUGGCUGCUGGAUCUCUCUUGUGGCACAGCUACCAAUCGUAUCGCUCAUCAACCGAGUUGCACAAAGCCGUCGAGCUCCUGAACGCUUGGUGUCUGGAUUAGUGAACAGGUGUACAACAAGCUCCCAUAGCUCGUUAUUCACCCAUACAAUACACCCAGUUCACCCUGAGCCAUUCCUAGACUGAUACCCAAAAGUUCAAGCCCCUUUCUCGGUUUUUUCCUUUCUCGCAAUCAUGGCGCAAGUCAUAUCGAAUUCCGGUCAUGAUGACAUGAUUCACGAUGCCGUUCUCGAUUACUAUGGUCGCCGCCUUGCCACCUGCUCCUCCGACAAGACCAUCAAGAUCUUCGAGAUAGAGGGCGAGACACAGCGACUGAUCGAGACCUUGAAGGGACAUGAAGGCGCGGUCUGGUGUGUCUCCUGGGCACACCCCAAGUACGGUAACAUCCUCGCCUCCGCUGGUUACGAUGGCAAGGUCUUCAUCUGGCGCGAGCAGUCCAACCAGUGGCAGAGAAUCUUCGAUUUCGCACUGCACAAGGCUUCCGUCAACAUGGUUUCGUGGUCCCCGCACGAGUCUGGCUGCCUUCUUGCAGCUGCUUCCUCCGACGGCCACGUCUCAGUCCUCGAGUUCAAGGACAACAACUUCCAACACCAGACCUUCCCCGCACACGGUCUCGGCGUCAACUCCGUCUCCUGGGCCCCGGCCACCACACCUGGCAGCAUCGUCUCCUCGGCCCCGCCUAGCCAAGGUGCUCUCACCCAACGCCGAUUCGUCAGUGGUGGAUGCGACAAUCUCCUCAAGAUCUGGACGUAUGACCCCGCAACACAAGGUUACACGCAAGAGAGUGAGCCUUUGACUGGCCACACGGACUGGGUCCGUGAUGUCGCCUGGAGCCCCACUGUUUUGCAAAAGAGCUACAUCGCAUCCGCUUCUCAGGACAAGACAGUGCGCAUCUGGACGAGUGACAGCGCCAGCCAGGGCCAGUGGUCCAGCAAGGUUCUCAACUUCGACGCAGUUGUGUGGCGCGUCAGCUGGAGUUUGAGCGGCAACGUUCUCGCAGUCAGUGGUGGCGAUAACAAGGUCUCGCUGUGGAAGGAGAAUCUGCGUGGCGAGUGGGAGUGUGUCAAGACAAUGGAAGAGUAGGGCCGCCGAUCUACAUUUCUUACUCAAGGCUUUCUACGUGAAAGCUACGUCCCGGCCCAGGCCAUCCAACCUGAUGUUGAGCCUGUACCGAAGCUCAAUUUCCAAGCAAUAGAGGCUUACAAAGAUGUUAAGCGUAUGGCGAUUGCAGGAGCGAAGUUGGCUGGUAAGCCUCUGCCUGGCUGGGCCUUAUCUCCGCCUUGAUGGCAAGAGCAAUGAUACUUUUGGAGUUACGGUUGCAUGCGAUCAUGGAGGCCUAAAAGUUGAGAAACUAAACGAGCCAGCGAUACUCGAUAGAGAUAUCUUGAUAGACAACAACUUCUUGUAAACAUGGGUGUUUUUUUUUCUUUUCCUUUUUUUAUGCUCAUGACAUGAACGAGCUGUGAUGUAUAUAUCAUAUUCCAGCAUAUUUUUAAAUGCUCUUCUGAGUCGCC